AUGUUGAUUCAUCAUGAAAGUAGCUUGCAGACAACCCCGUUACUUUCAAAAGAAGAUUGUGAAAAUUACAUUAUAAACUGUGGUGUGGAGGUUACAGCUUUAGCAAAAAGUAGAAAUUCGAUUGAAAACCAACCAAUUUAUAUGCUGUCUCAAGAAUAUAUUUCUAAUAGUACUUCUGAUUGCGCUAAGGAAGUUGUGCCGAAUCCCAUAAUUAUUCAUGCUAAAGCAGAUCAAGAGUGUACGCAGGAAUUUUCUGCACAUCUUCCGUUAGACCAAGAUUCCUUUUCAAUAUUAGACCCCAAAUUCCAGGAAUGUAUCGUAUUAAAUAACCCGGGAGAUGGUCAAGUCGUCUUUCCAUUAAAUUUACCUGUUAUAAAUACAGAGUCUGAAACCUUUUGUGAAGGUUCUAUCAUAGUGCAAAAUGAUUCUACUAUUCCUAUUCAGAAUAAUAAUUCUAUAAUAUUGACUUCCACCGGAAAUGAAAUUCAUAAAGUAAUUGACCAAUCCAACAUUUCAUUAUCACAGGCCGACUUAGAAUGUACUCUACAGUUUGAUCAAUCCAGGUGUAGUCAUAUUUUUUCUGGGUUGUCGUCCAAUAUUUCAAAUAUAGUAAUAGAACUAGUAGAAGGCCACAUGGUUGAAGUCUUCGAAAAGAAAACAGUUUAUAAAAAUUCUGAAAAUAAUAACGAAACUAUUAGCACCGAUAAUAACACGAAAAGCAACUUAUCCGUUAUGAAUGUUACAAUUGACCAAUAUUACUUACCAGUUCCUUCUUCUAGUGAAAAUACAAUUAUAGAGCCCGGACAAAUCAAUAAUAAGGAAGGACGACCAAGAAGAGGUAGAAAAAGGAAGUAUCCACAACAAAAUAGAAAAGAAAAGAGAGCAAAACUAAACCACGACAUUGCUCUAGCUAAGCAUAGACAACAGAAGCCGCUGUUGGAUAAGAGAGGAUGCACUGGUCAUAAUAAAAUCACAGAGGCUAAAAGUCAGGAAAAGAAAAAUUUGACUGGUCCAGAAUUGGAAAAAGUGGAAAAUGAGCAUCGAUUCCACUUAGAUAAAGCGAAAUCUCUUAGACAACAAAUGAAAAAGGACAUGAAAGUUGCCACUAUAGACAACACAAUUGAAACUCUUACGUUUGAUCUCGAAUAA